GGGGGCGGAGCCAGCGAGCCGGGGCGGGGACGAGGCGCCUAUGGCGGCGCCGCGCGCCGUGCUGCUGCUGAGCGGGAAGAGAAAAUCGGGGAAGGAUUUCGUGGCCGAGGAGCUGCGGAGCCGGCUGGGUCCCGACGUCUGCACCAUUCUGCGCCUCUCUGGGCCCCUCAAGGAGCAGUACGCCAAGCGACUCCUGGACGCCAGCGCCUACAAGGAGAUGUUUCGUCAGGACAUGAUCCGCUGGGGCGAGGAGAAGCGCCGCAGUGACCCUGGCUUCUUCUGCCGGGCAGCAGUGGAGGGGGCGCUGCAGCCAGUGUGGGUGGUGAGUGACACACGGCGCCUCUCAGAUGUGGAGUGGUUCCGGGACGCCUAUGGGGAUGUGGUGCAGACUGUGCGGGUGGUGGCUACUGAGGAGACAAGGAAGAGGAGGAACUGGGUCUUUGUCAAUGGGGUGGAUGACACUGAUUCUGAAUGUGGCCUGGACCAGGGAGUGGCCUUUGAUUGGGUGAUCACCAAUGACGGAGAUAAGGUGGCCCUGGGUGAGCAGCUGGAGAUGCUGGUGCAGUCACUCCACAGGAACCUAUAGCUCCAUGUCUCUCCACUGGGGCUUGGGGACUGCCUCAUCCUCCCCUUCCCCCCAGCCCCUCAGCAUCUCCCCCUCCACCUCCUGCUAAUGCUUCCUGUUCCGGAAUAAAGCUCUGACACUUGAGAACCGCU